UGGCGUAAUUUUACGUCCUCAAAAGACAGCCAGUGACCUCAUCGAUACCCCACAUCAUCGAGGUCGCAUCAACAAAACAAAUAUCUAUAUUUCAAGAGGACUGUGUUUGCUGUCUUAAUAAAUGACCGAUUUAGUCGGAUUGAUCAUUAUACUGAGGUGCAUUUUGAGGACUGACUUCAAAUUAUCUCUCUAAUUGAUGAUCGGUUUCCUCAAGGAUAUAUCUCAAUAGCUCCUUUUUUUAUAAAUCCAAAACAAAGGCUCAAUCAUGUCCAAAUCACACCCGGGAACACUGCAUGAAUAUGCCCCAAAGCUAGUCGCUUUCGAAUUCAACAGCUCUACACCCCGAAAAUCGCACAGCCUCAUCUUCAUCGGUGGCCUGACAGACGGCCUUUGCACCGUCCCCUACGUAGCACCCCUCGCCGCCGCCCUCGAACCAACCGACUGGUCCGUGUUCCAGGCCCAGCUCUCCUCGUCCUUCGGCGGCUGGGGCAUCGGCAGUCUCGAUAAGGAUGUCGAGGAGAUCGCGAAAUGCAUCGACUUUGUCCGCGGCCUCAAGGCCUCGUCCACCUCGGGAUCGGCAUCGGCAUCGGCACCAGGGAAGAUCGUCAUCAUGGGCCAUUCAACCGGAAGCCAGGAUGUGUUGCACUACCUCUAUACUCAGGGAGACCGUCCUGUAGUCGACGGAGCGAUCCUGCAAGCACCAGUGUCCGAUCGCGAAGCCAUGCUCGCGGAGACGCGCAAGCCAGGCGAUGUGGGUGCUGAGGCAAAGGGCUCGUGGGAGCAGCUGGUUUCGCUGGCGCGGCAGGCUCCCGUAGGUGAUAUCAUUCUACCACUGAACCUGAGCAGCAAGGUUGGCUUGCCGCCUGACCCUGUCAGUGCGCGGCGGUUUCUGAGUCUGGCGAGUCCGGAUAGUCCUGGCAAGCCGGCGGAGGAUGAUCUUUUUAGCUCGGAUUUGACGGAUCAGCGGCUGCGCGUGACGUUUGGAGCUGUCGCGACAAGGGGGUUAUUGCGGUCCAAGCUGCUGGUGCUGUACUCGGGGAAUGAUGAGUUUGCGGCACCAUGGGUGGAUAAGGAGGCGCUGAUGGCGCGGUGGAGGGAGGCGACUGAGGCUGGGAAGGCUGGGACGUGGGAUCAGAAUAGCGGGGUCAUACCGGGGGCAAGUCACAAUGUCAAGGAUCAGGGGCAGGCUGAUCUUGCUGAGCGCGUUACUCGCUAUCUGAAGAGUAUCUAGUUCUGCACCGUGUGAGACGAUUGUGGAAUGAAAUUAUGUCGUAGUUUUCACGUUUUAUUGUACACAUAGGCCGAAACAGAGCAGCAAAGUAGAUAUCCAAGGAACAUGGCAGUGGCAGUGGCAGUAUUAGAAGCGU